GUGCGGUUGCCGCAAACCCAACGUAGAAUGUCGUAAAACAUGGAGUCGGCAGAGAAGUGAAGUGCGAGUUCUAUUGAUAUGCAAACCGUGGUAGAUUUCGCAGUUGGAACUAGAUAGUGAUGUUUCAUUGGCUACUUUUUGACCCGUUCGGCAUGUUUUAAAACUACAAUGGACACCGCGAGGACACAGAAAAUGAGCUGAUCUCCAGCAAAACCACCUCGAAAAUGGCUGCAUACACCGCUGAAGCAAAAUGAAUGUUUCCUGUCCAUCCCUGACACCCCAACCACUACUGCCACAUCCACUCUCACAGACUCCAGCACUGAGUUUGUUUUUGCGGAGACCUACCAGACCUGUGUUGUGAGAGGUGUCAAAAAGAUGACCAAAGCCCCAAAGACACCUUCCAAAAAACUAAAACCUGCCCUGACUUCAAAGAGACACAGCUGCUGUUUCUCAGGAAAUUUGUUUGAUGUCCUAAAACAUACAAAGUGCCAGCCCGAGUCAUCAUUACUUACAGAGCACUUUCUAAAAGUGCUGUACAAAGGCAUCAACAGAGUGACAAAUGGGCAAAAAAAGAAAGAAAUCGGGAACUUUUUCACAGCACUGUUGCACUUUCAAGACACAGUAUGGCCAAAAAGACAUGGAGCGACAUCUUAAAACUCACACCGGUGAGAAGCCAUUUGAAUGUGAAUUGUGCCACAAGCGCUUCAGUCGGCGGGACAAGCUGAACAUGCACAGCCGCUCGCACACAGGUGAGAAGCCACACAAAUGUAAACACUGUCCUUAUGCAGCAGCAGACAGCAGCAGCCUGAAGAAGCACCUGCGUAUCCACUAUGAUGAACGGCCAUUCAAAUGCCAGAUCUGUCCUUACGCCAGCCGCAACUCCAGCCAACUUACCGUGCAUCUCCGCUCGCACACAGGGGAUGCACCUUUUCAGUGCCAACAAUGUGAUGCAAAGUUCAAAAUAAACUCAGACCUGAAGAGGCACAUCCGGAUUCACUCUGGCGAAAAACCUUACAAAUGUGACUUUUGUGAGUACCGCUGCGCCAUGAAAGGAAACCUCAAAUCGCACAUUCAGAUCAAACAUGGUACGGAGAACUCCUUUCAGUGCAUGCACUGUGAUUUCAAGUGUGCCAACAAGACUGCUCUGCGACAACACUUGAGAGAACACCAACCCACUCAGCCCAUUCAGUGUUCCAAGUGCACUUACUCCUGCUCCAGCAAGGGGGCGCUCAAGGUCCACGAGCGGAUCCACUCCGAAGACCGCCCUUUCAAAUGUGACUUCUGCAACUUUGCCUCUAAGCAGCGCAGCAAUCUCGUCAUUCACAAGAAGAAGUGUCACUCGGAUAAGCUUGAAAAAGGCAGCGGUGGGAAAGGAGGCAGAGGUGGAGGGAAAAAUUUAGGCACUGACUCUCCGAAGCCUGUCAGCUCUCGGUAUCGAGCCAAACUAGAUGCAGCUCGAGCCUUUUGCUGUGACUCGUGUGAUGCUUCGUUUGUGAGGGAGGACUCCCUGCGGAGCCACAAGAAGCAGCAUCGGGACACUCAGAGUGUGUUGCAACUCCAGCUCUCUACCCCAGCGGAAGCAGUUAACUUGGUUCCCGUUACCAUGUCACAAACCAGCGCUGAGCUCGAAGUUCCUAUCCCGUGUAACCCAAUGCCUCCUUAUAGUAAUGCACAGCUUAAAAUCAUUGUAUCUCACCCGUUAGGCCAGGAUAACCCCUUGCUCUCGACUGCUGGAGAUGGCCAGAAUAAGAGCAACAUGGUCUUGCUUAGCCCAGAAAACCAGGACAUGGUAGUUAACUCCAUGAUCCAUCAGGUCAACCUGCUGGCGCCUGUACAACCACUCGGUUCAUCCCAAACCACAGAAGCCACUCUUGAACCCCAGACUGUCCUCCUGACUCAACUCAGCACCGACGAUGCCAACAACCCGCUCCACCAGGCCCUGAUGCAAACAGCUAUAACCGCUCAGGACUCAAGCAGCAGCACACAGACGUUCAUCACCACCUGCUCUGAACUGGAGGGGCUCAAUGCUUUGAUUCAGGAAGGUGGCACAGAGAUUACAGUGGUUACGGAAGGAAACUCAGCUUUGGUGACCACAGCACCUCUGCCUGACGUGGACAUGUCCAAGCCAGCAGAGACUGUGACGGUUGAGGAGAGUGCCUUACCCUGUGAGGAAAGUGCAUUACUGGUGCCAAACAUCAGCCUGGGCAGCCAGAAUGUGGUCAUCCACAGCGUUCCACUUAUAGUGUCUCCUCAGCCUCAGCAGAGCACGGUGGAUCAGCUCUCCCCUCAUGCACUCUAUUCCAGUUCACAUACACUUGAAAGCAUGCCACAGUGAGCAGCGGUGUGUGUUUCUGAAAGUGAAAAGACAGUAACUGCAUCAUAAGCUAAUUCUCUGCUGAUAGUAACUUGUAGAUCUAACGGAAACCACUAAAAUAACAAAACUGUUGGCUUUGGAGGUGUAGUUUGUUUAGUCUUCACAUUUUAGAAUAAAACAUCCAUUUUAACAUUGUUUCAUGCACUGUAUUUUCAUCUGUUAUAUUUGCAGGCAUCAAAAAUUGAAAUUAAACCAUAUUUCAAUUACAAUAUUUAAUUGAAAUCAGGUUUAAUUUAAAGCAACAUCAUAAAAGAAUAAAAGAAUAAUACCGCAAAUGAACAAAAUGUGAAAGUGACUGAAUGUAUUUGUAUGAUGUAUGUUUUAUGUUUGUCCAUUAGGUGGCAGCAGAGUGAUGAGAGUAAAUAAUGAAACUUGCUCUGCUUUAUGGAGUAUUCAGACUGUAAGUGUACUGCUGCCCCGUAGUAUUGAUUAUACAUAUUCUGUAUGUAUAGCUUUUUUUAAAAAAUAAAUAAAUAUUUUUUUUUCAAG